UGAGAUGUGGUUAUAGAGGAAGCCGGCAUGGAUAUUCUCUUAUCAACCCCAUCGAUCACCAUCACCAAAACCUGUGCCCAAGUAUUGUUUCGGUGCUGCCUUCGGUCGGGAUGCGGCCUAAAAGCUCUCGAUGGCGGUAUCGCCGCGUCACUCGCAUGCCCCCUUAAAUCGGUCUCUUUGCACGAUAUGUCUGAGGAAGCUGGUUAUUAUCGGGGACGGUGCUUGUGGUAAGACCAGUCUUCUGAGCGUGUUUACUCUAGGGUACUUUCCAACACAUUAUGUCCCGACGGUGUUUGAGAACUAUGUGACAGAUUGCCGUGUGGAUGGCCGGUCGGUCCAGCUUGCAUUAUGGGAUACGGCCGGUCAAGAAGACUAUGAACGGCUCCGGCCGUUGGCAUAUUCUAAAGCACAUGUGCUUCUGGUCGCAUUUUCUGUAGAUACGCCGGACUCGCUGGAAAACGUCAAGCAUAAGCAGUGGAUCGAGGAAGCCAAUGAGCGAUGUCCCGGCGUCCCCGUUAUUCUUGUUGGGCUAAAGAAGGAUCUUCGUGAAGACCCAGUUGCCAUUGAGGAGAUGCGAAAGAAAUCGCUGCGCUUUGUGACUACCAAAGAAGGAAGCGAUACGGCGACGCAGGUCGGUGCCCGAAAGUAUCUCGAAUGCUCGUCCUUGACUGGCGAGGGUGUCGACGAUGUCUUCGAGGCUGCCACGCGAGCCGCACUUCUCACGUUUGACAAGGAAAAAAGUUCAUGCUGUACGAUCCUAUGACCGACCCGCCCUAUCUUAUGCGACUACUCUCGAACUUACGCCUGCUCUGUUCUUCGGUUGAUCGAUUCGCAUCAGUAAUGAACGUAGAGGAUAUACCCUCCAGCGCAUGCUGCGUUCCUGUCCCUGCUUCGAACAUUCCGUGUGUGCUUCAGUAGCUCAGCGCAAGCGUGUUUGU